AUGCCAGCUCCUGAACAGGCCUCACUGGUGGAGGAGGGGCAACCACAGACCCGCCAGGAAGCUGCCUCCACUGGCCCCGGCAUGGAGCCCGAGACCACAGCCACCACUAUUCUAGCUUCCGUGAAGGAGCAGGAGCUUCAGUUUCAGCGACUCACCCGAGAACUGGAGGUGGAAAGGCAGAUUGUUGCCAGUCAACUAGAAAGAUGUAGGCUUGGAGCAGAAUCACCAAGCAUCGCCAGCACCAGCUCAACUGAGAAGUCAUUUCCUUGGAGAUCAACAGAUGUGCCAAAUACUGGUGUAAACAAACCUAGAGUUUCUGACGCUGUCCAUCCCAACAACUAUUUUAUCAGGACAGAGCCAGAACCAGGGACCCUCUACUCACCAGAACAGACGUCUCUCCAUGAAAGUGAGGGAUCUUUGGGUAACUCAAGAAGUUCAACACAAAUGAAUUCUUAUUCCGACAGUGGAUACCAGGAAGCAGGGAGUUUCCACAACAGCCAGAACUUGAGUAAGGCAGAUAAUAGACCACAGCAUUCAUUCGUAGGAUCAACUAAUAACCACCUGGUGAGGAAUUCAAGAGCUGAAGGGCAAACACUGGUUCAGCCAUCAGUGGCCAAUCGGGCCAUGAGAAGAGUUAGUUCAGUUCCAUCUAGAGCACAGUCUCCUUCUUAUGUUAUCAGCACAGGCGUGUCUCCUUCAAGGGGGUCACUGAGAACUUCUCUGGGUAGUGGAUUUGGCUCUCCCUCUGUGACCGACUCCCGACCACUGAACCCCAGUGCAUACUCCUCCACCACAUUACCUGCUCAGCGGGCAGCUUCUCCAUACUCUGCACAGAGACCCGCCUCCCCAUCAGCUGUACGUCGGAUUGGGUCAGUCACCUCCCGGCAGACCUCCAAUCCCAACGGACCAACCCCUCAGUACCAAACCACCACCAGAGUGGGGUCCCCACUGACCCUGACGGAUGCACAGAUUCGAGUAGCUUCCCCAUCCCAAGGCCAGGUGGGGUCAUCAUCCCCCAAACGCUCAGGGAUGACCGCCGUACCACAGCAUCUGGGACCUUCACUGCAAAGGACUGUUCACGACAUGGAACAAUUCGGACCGCAGCAGUAUGAAAUUUAUGAGAGGAUGGUUCCACCUCGGCCAGAUAGCCUGACAGGCUUACGGAGUUCCUAUGCUAGUCAGCACAGCCAACUUGGACAAGACCUCCGUUCAGCUGUGUCUCCCGACUUGCACAUCACUCCUAUAUAUGAGGGGAGGACCUAUUACAGCCCAGUGUACCGCAGCCCAAACCACGGAACCGUGGAGCUCCAGGGGUCACAGACAGCGCUGUACCGCACAGGCUCAGGUGUUGGAAAUCUGCAAAGGACGUCCAGCCAACGAAGUACCCUUACAUACCAAAGAAAUAAUUAUGCUCUGAACACAACAGCUACCUAUGCGGAGCCCUAUAGGCCAAUACAGUACCGAGUGCAGGAGUGCAGUUAUAACAGGCUUCAGCACGUAGCACCGGCUGAUGAUGGCACAACGAGAUCCCCGUCAAUAGACAGCAUUCAGAAAGACCCCAGGCAAUUUGCUUGGCGUGAUCCUGAGUUGCCUGAAGUCAUUCACAUGCUGCAGCACCAGUUCCCGUCAGUUCAGGCCAACGCAGCGGCCUACCUGCAGCACCUGUGCUUUGGUGACAACAAAGUGAAGAUGGAGGUGUGUAGGUUAGGGGGAAUCAAGCAUCUGGUUGACCUUUUGGACCACAGAGUUUUGGAAGUUCAGAAGAAUGCUUGUGGUGCCCUCCGAAACCUUGUUUUUGGCAAGUCUACAGAUGAAAAUAAAAUAGCAAUGAAGAAUGUUGGCGGAAUACCUGCCCUGUUGCGACUGUUGAGAAAAUCUAUUGAUGCAGAAGUAAGGGAGCUGGUCACAGGAGUUCUAUGGAAUUUAUCCUCAUGUGAUGCCGUAAAGAUGACAAUCAUCCGAGAUGCUCUCUCAACCCUGACAAACACUGUGAUCGUUCCACAUUCUGGAUGGAAUAACUCUUCUUUUGAUGAUGAUCAUAAAAUUAAAUUUCAGACUUCACUCGUUCUGCGUAAUACAACAGGUUGCCUGAGGAAUCUCAGCUCUGCUGGGGAGGAAGCAAGGAAGCAGAUGCGGUCCUGCGAGGGGCUGGUGGACUCGCUGUUGUAUGUGAUCCACACAUGUGUGAACACUUCCGAUUAUGACAGCAAGACUGUGGAGAACUGCGUGUGCACCCUGCGGAACCUGUCGUAUCGGCUGGAGCUGGAGGUGCCUCAGGCCCGGAUGCUGGGGCUGAACGAAUUGGACGACUUACUCGGAAAAGAGUCUCCCAGCAAAGAUUCGGAGCCAAGCUGCUGGGGGAAGAAGAAGAAGAAGAAAAAGAGGACACCACAAGAGGAUCAAUGGGAUGGAGUUGGUCCUAUCCCAGGACUGUCGAAGUCCCCCAAAGGCGUUGAGAUGCUGUGGCACCCAUCGGUGGUAAAACCGUAUCUGACCCUCCUAGCAGAAAGUUCCAACCCAGCCACCUUGGAAGGCUCUGCCGGAUCACUCCAGAACCUCUCUGCUGGAAACUGGAAGUUUGCAGCAUAUAUCCGAGCAGCCGUCCGCAAAGAAAAAGGGCUCCCCAUCCUUGUAGAGCUUCUGAGAAUGGAUAACGAUAGAGUUGUUUCUUCUGUGGCAACUGCCUUGAGGAAUAUGGCCCUAGAUGUUCGCAACAAGGAGCUCAUAGGGAAAUACGCCAUGCGAGACCUGGUCAACCGGCUCCCAGGCGGCGCCGGCCCCAGCGUGCUGUCGGAUGAGACCGUGGCGGCCAUCUGCUGUGCCCUACACGAGGUCACCAGCAAGAACAUGGAGAAUGCCAAGGCGCUGGCUGAUUCAGGAGGCAUAGAGAAGCUGGUGAACAUCACCAAGGGCAGAGGAGACAGAUCAUCUCUGAAAGUGGUGAAGGCAGCAGCCCAGGUCUUGAAUACAUUAUGGCAAUAUCGGGACCUCCGGAGCAUUUAUAAAAAGGAUGGGUGGAAUCAGAACCAUUUUAUUACACCUGUGUCAACGUUGGAGCGAGACCGGUUCAAAUCACAUCCUUCCUUGUCUACCACCAACCAACAAAUGUCACCCGUCAUUCAGUCAGUCGGCAGCACCUCUUCCUCACCAGCACUGUUAGGAGUCAGAGACCCUCGCUCUGAAUACGAUAGGACCCAGCCACCUAUGCAGUAUUACAGUAGCCAAGGGGAUGCCACACACAGAGGCCUGUACCCUGGCUCCAGCAAACCUUCACCAAUUUACAUCAGUUCCUAUUCCUCACCAGCAAGAGAACAAAAUAGACGGCUACAGCAUCAACAGCUGUAUUAUAGUCAAGAUGACUCCAACAGAAAGAACUUUGAUGCAUACAGAUUGUAUUUGCAGUCUCCUCAUAGCUAUGAAGAUCCUUAUUUUGAUGACCGAGUUCACUUUCCAGCUUCUACUGAUUAUUCGACACAGUAUGGACUGAAAUCAACCACGAAUUACGUGGACUUUUAUUCCACUAAACGACCUUCUUACAGAGCAGAACAGUACCCAGGGUCCCCAGACUCGUGGGUGUAG